AUGUUUGGAGAGACUAUGGUUAUUCCUGCCCCAGACCAUGAGGUCAUCCCAUUCCUUAUUCCUUUUGGCAUCAUUGGAGUUUGGAGAUGGGGGCUCUUUUUGCUUCGCGUCAUCUUUAGGUGGCUGUACUGUCCCAUUACGCCAAGGCGACACGGAGAUGGUUCCUCUGCAAAUAAAUACAAGCCGUCUGAUGUUACCAUCAUCGUCCCAACCAUUGACAAUGGAGAAGAAUUCUUGGAAGCUGCCAGGAAUUGGCAAAAGAACAAGCCUCGUCAGAUCAUCAUCGUGACCUCGGAUACGAUGAAACACGAGAUCCAAAAAACCUGUGAACAAGCCAUGGAUGAUCCAAGCCUUUUCCGCGUCCUUUCCGUUCCAAAUCCAAACAAACGAGUGCAGUUGAUGAAAGGGGUUUACGCCGCGGAGACUGUGAUUGUAGCCCUGUCGGAUGACGACGCCAUUUGGACCACCUCUGACUUUCUCCAGUGGAUGUUGGCUCCCUUUGAUGAUGACAACAUGGGUGGUGUGGGAAGUAAACAAGCCAUGAUGCCAACAGGUAGAUUUCCAACGGUUUGGGAAGUUAUUGCCGACUUUCGUCUCACGAUGCGAAUGAUCGAGACAUCUGCAACCACUUUCGUAGAUGGUGGCAUGUCGUGCCUCAGCGGACGAACGGCGGUCUACCGCACGGAAAUCUUGCAGGAUCCAAACUUUGAAAGGGAAUUUGUCAACGAGAAGUGGUUGGGCAAAUAUGCAUUGCAUUCAGGCGACGACAAGUUUAUCACUCGUUGGCUUGUGAAGAAUAACUGGAAGAUGCAGAUGCAAAACCAUAAGGAUGCAACCCUGCUAACAACUUUCAAGCCUGAUCGCAUGUUCAUAAAGCAAGUGUUGCGUUGGACUCGAAACACGUGGAGGAGCGACAUGCGAAGCGUCUUCGUUGACAAAAAGAUCUGGUGGAGACAUCCUUAUGUUUGUUUCAACAUGUGGGAUAAGUUUCUCAAUCCGCUGCCGCUCCUCUUCGGUGUGGCGCUCAUCAUUUGGAACACUGCAACAUUUGGAGGGUCUGUCUUUGGGCAAACCUUAGUCCCAGUUUUUGCAUGGCUGAUGUUUACUCGCAUGCUUAAGCUGAUUCCACACCUUCUUGCGAAGCCAUCCCAUAUCGUUUUUGUUCCUGCAAUGAUUUUCUUCCAGUACUUUUUUGCGGUAAUGAAGCUGUAUGCUCUGUUUACGCUUCACAUCACUGACUGGGGUUCCAGAGAUGGAGCUGAUGGCGAGGAAUCCUCGGACGCAUCAUCAUCAAACGAAGACACUGAGGAACUCAGUUUUUGUACCGCAACUCAGUUUCUCGAGAUGGACCUGGAAGCUCACAGUGCACACGAGAACGAAAGUAAAGCUGUCCCCACCACCAGCGUGAAACAGCAUGGGUCCAAACCUUGGUAUAAACGUUUCGACGGGUGGAUUGGAGCAAUGCUUCUGCUCUGCACGGUUGGCGCAGUGGGGUAUCUUGCUCAUCUCGUCAUCAAACCAAGGUGGACAAUGACUCUGAUUGCAACCAACAAGGCUCUCAGUUCUGACCGAGCGACUGGAGCGGCAUUCCACGACCCUGCCAGUGGCAAGACCUUUGUCGCCUAUGCGGGACCAAACAUGGAUCCAACUGUGAAAGAGUUUGACCAUGUAAGCACUGCCCUGGCGUCGAACUCAAUUGCUGUGGGUAGUAGCAAACCAACAUCGGAUUACCACGACUAUCCAAUGAUGAACAUUGACAACGACGGCAAAUUGAUGGUCGUCUUCACGGACAGCCCCGAAACGUUACAUAUGUCCAAAGCGUCUGAGCCACACACAACAAAUACCACCUGGACGGAAACGCAAAUCAACAGUGAUAGCCCCACAUAUCCAUGCAUCAUCAAAGCCUCCAACGGCAACAUGUACAUUUUUUACCGCCGAACAGUGAAGGAUAUGUCUUUCUACAGUUUUUUAACCUUUGUCCAGCGAGACUAUCGACCCUUGGUGUACAUCAAGUCGACUGACAACGGCGAGACCUGGUCAAAACCUAGGAGCGCCGUCGACACAGGUGGCUUGCAGGUCAAUGGGGACCUCAUGAACCUGAACGAAAUCUAUGCAGACUGCCCCAGAUAUGAACCAGCGCAAGCAGGACUUCCAGAGCGCUUUGCAAUGGGUUGGACGCUAGCUGGCGGAGGCCCGACGAAACAUGAACACAACUUUUACCACAAGAAUGCAUACUUUGCCUACUUCUAUCCCGCAACAGAUGAUUUCGUAUCUGCGAGCGGAGCGAACUUGGGGUCGGCCAUCGAAUACGACGACCUGGAACUUUGCUUGGUUCUCGACAGUGGCCCCUUGGACAUGACAGAUCCCAAAGCGGUCGACUACUACUUUGCACCGUCUUUUGUGGACGACAACCACUUCCCGAUUGUCACAUACAACUUCAACCGAACACUCAAGUCUGCCACAUGGACCGGUGAAGAAUGGAGCCACUCCGUCAUUGCAGAGGAUGCCGCUCUGAGCGGGUUUGACAUUCAAAAGACUGGUCCAGAUCAAUUCCGAAUCUUCUUGCCCGAAGGCAGCAUCAAGAUCUACGAAUCUUCCAACGCCGGAGCUUCCUGGUCUCUGGAGGACAACAUCAAGCCCAAUGAAGACGGUGCUUCGGUGAACAAGGUCAUCAUGAUCGGGAACACCCAACCUGAGAGCGACAUGCAAUUCUUGGCUUAUGAAAACAACUGGGACGAGCAAAACUACAACGGAACUUACCGCAUCUGGUCCGUCGGCCUUCAGUGA